AUGAACGGAACCAUCCCAGAAUCAAUUGGACAACUUUCUGAGUUGGGAGUGUUGCGUCUCUCCGGGAAUUACUGGCAAGGUAUCAUGACUGAAACUCAUUUCCUAAAUCUCACAAAAUUGUAUGAUUUUUCCUUGUCAUCAUCAUCUAGUAACCUUUUAGUUUUCAAUGUGACACAUGACUGGAUUCCUCCUUUUAGUCUACAAAAUGUCUAUAUUUUGGACUGUCAAUUUAACCCUACAUUUCCUCCAUGGCUUAGAACACAGAAGGAACUCAGAGAGAUCUAUUUAGUAAAUACUGCAAUUUCAGAUACAAUACCGAAUUGGUUGUGGAACUUGUCUUCACAACUUGAGGUGUUGGAUCUUUCUCAUAACAAAUUAAUGGGAAACCUCCCCAAGUCAUUAAACUUCUCUUCCUUAAAGUCGGUACUUCUAGAUUUUAAUCAUUUAGAGGGUCCACUACCACUAUGGCCUAAUGUGACAAGGCUUUUUUUGAGGAGCAAUUUACUUUCUGGACCAAUACCGAUAAGAAUCAGCCAAGAAAUGCCGCACUUGAUAGCUUUAGAUCUCUCUGGCAACUAUCUAAAUGGUAGCAUCCCAUCAUCCAUAAAUGGACUAGGACAAUUGAUGUAUCUUGCUCUAUCAAACAAUUCUUUAUCUGGAAAUAUCGACUACCACUGGGAGAGUAUGCGAAGUCUGGUCUUCAUAGAUCUGUCCAAGAAUAAUCUAUCUGGUGGCAUUCCAAGCUCAAUGUGCUCACUACCUUCUCUUAUGUGGUUGCAAUUGAGUAACAACAAUUUUUCUGGGAACCUCUCUUUAUGCCUGAAAUUUGUUCCAGGCAAAUCACUAUUAACACUUGAUCUUGGUGAGAAUAGAUUGUCAGCGACCAUACCAGAAUGGAUUGGAGAAAGACUUCCGUCCAUAACAAUAUUAAGCUUGAGAGGAAAUAUGCUCUUUGGAGAUAUUCCUAAACAAUUGUGUGGUAUCACUUCUAUCCAUGUCUUGGACCUUGCCCAAAAUAACUUCUCAGGAUCUAUUCCAUCGUGUUUUGGUAGUUUGACUGGUUACAAGUCUUUCCAUGGCAACAUAUAUGCAGGUAUCACAAAGCAUAUGGAUUUGGUUGUUAAAGGAAGACAAUAUGAAUACUACGAUCAAAUCUCAAAUGUUAAUCUCAUGGAUUUUUCGAAAAAUAGUCUUUCGGGAGGGAUCCCCACAGAACUAACAAAUUUGACCUUAUUGAAUUCAUUGAAUUUGUCAUGGAACCAUUUGACGGGAGUGAUACCAGAGAAUAUUGGAGCUUUGCGCCAAUUAGAAUCUCUUGACCUCUCAAGCAACCAUCUUUCAGGUCACAUUCCUUCAAGCAUGUCUUCUAUGACUUUUUUGAGCCAUUUGAACUUGUCAUAUAACAACUUGUCUGGACAAAUUCCAUCAACCAACCAGUUUCAAACCUUCAAUGAUCCAUCUAUUUAUGAAGGUAACCCACAACUCUAUGGGCCUCCUCCAUUGCCAACAAGUCUCUCAAUGCCAAGUGACAGGAAUGCAGAACAUAAAAAUGGUGAAGAUCAAUUUGAAAAGUUAUGGCUGUACCUAAGUAUUGCGCUGGGUUUCAUUGUGGGAUUUUGGGUUGUUUGUGGCAGCUUGUUGAUAAAUAAGUCCUGGAGAAAUGCUUACUUCUGUUUUGCUGAUAAAAUGAAAGAUAGGCUUUUAGUGAUCAUUGCAGUGAAUAUGGCUCAUUUGCAAAGGAAGAUUCAAGCAGAAAGACACUGA